AUGGAUUUACAAUUAAAGAAAUCAAUAACAAAAUCAUUUAGUUUACAAGGAUUAUCAAUUAAAGCAGAUGCAUUAAAACAUCUAAUAAGUUAUACAAACAAUGAACAAGAUAGAGAUGAUAGUGGUAGUAGUCAACCUCUAAAUGAAAGAAUAUUAGAAUUGGUCGAUCUAAUUUUAACAAAUUUAGAUAAAUCUACUUUAAAAGGAAAUUUUGUAGAUAAAGAAACUAUAUCAAAUAGUUUAAAAGAAUUGGAAUCACAAUCUGAUAGUGGAUCAAUUGAAAAAGAAGCAAUCAAAGUAAUCUCUGCAUUUGAUGUACCUUUAUUUCAUUAUGAUCAAAACAAAAAAUUAUUUGUCAAAGAAGAAAAACCAGAAAAAUCAUUACAUGGUAAUGCAAAAUCAAAAAGUGAAUUAUUUAGAAGAAGAUAUCAAACUGCAUUACAAAUACUUGAAAGACAUCCAACAUUUGCAGCACCAAUAUUACCAAAUCAAAAAAAGUCAUUGGAUCAAUUUACAUUGACACCAAUCAAUUCAUUACUUGGUAAUCCUGGAAUGAAAUGUGUACUUGGAACUAUAUCACAAAUUGUUGAAGGAAAAUAUUAUUUGGAAGAUUUAAAUUCAAAGGUUCAAUUGGAUUUGACAAAUGCUACUUCAGAAUAUGGUUUGAUUACAGAAAAUGGAAUUGUAUUGGUUUGGGGAGAGUUUGAAGAUGGUCUUUUCAAGGCCGCCUCUAUUAGACCUUCCAAUACUGAGGAGCGUCAAAAAUCACUUGACCUCUUACAAGGAUUGGAUAUGUUUGGUGAUAGACCAAACGAUAGAAUGAUGCAUAAAUUAAAACAAUACGAAAAUGAGGUCGAAAAUUCAAUUAUUCUCUUUUCAGAUGUAUGGUUGGAUAAUCCAACAGUAGUUAGUCAUUUGGAAAGUGUUUUUGAAAAAUACGUUCAUUUUCCUCCCAUUGCAGUCGUUUUAAUGGGCAAUUUUACUGAACAUCCUUUAAUUGGUGGUACUCAGUAUAAAUUAAAAACUCAUUUUGAUAAUCUUGCUUCAAUCAUUAUUAAAUAUCCAGAAUUAUUAAUUAAAACUAAAUUUAUUUUUGUUCCUGGACCAACUGAUCCAACAGGUUCAUUAUUAAAUAUAUUACCAAAACCAGCAAUAGUUGAUUAUUUUACAAAAGGAUUUAAACAAAGAAUACCAAAUAGUAUUUUUACAACCAAUCCAUGUAGAUUAAGAUAUUGUACUCAAGAAAUUGUAAUAUUUAGAGAUGAUAUUGUAAAUAGAAUGAGAAGACAUAUUAUUAAAGAACCAAAUCCUGGUACUGAUCUUCAUCAAAGUGUAAUUAAUACAUUAUCAUCAAAUUCACAUUUAUCAUGUUUACCAUUGGAUAUAAGACCAAUUUAUUGGAAUUAUGAUCAUUCUUUAUCAUUGUAUCCAUUACCAGAUUUAUUGGUACUUGGUGAUAAAUAUGAUACUUUUCAAUAUCAAUCAGAUUCUGGUCUCUUUACAUUCAAUCCAAGUUCAUUCCCAAAGGAUUAUGGUUUUUGUUCCUAUGAUACUAAAUCUAAAACUGUUGAUUUCUUUCAAGCUAAUAGAAUUAUUGAAGAACAAGAAAAUGAAGAAGAAAAAGAAAAAGAAGAAAAAGAAGAAGAGGAAGAAGAAGAGAUAUUGGAAGAGGAAAUAAUGGAAGAAAUGGAUGAAACAAAUGAUCAAGAAGAAACAAAUGAAGAUAUUGAAAUUAAAGAUGUAGAGGAGGAAGAGGAGGAAAAUGAUGACAAUGAUGAUUCCAACUGA